AUGCUGGCGGCCAUUGGCCUAGUGGGCCAGCACUACCUGCGCUUUCCCUUGGCCGUCUUCGACGAGCUGCCCAAUGGCAUCGGCGCCGCCUUCGAAGUGCCAGGGCAGAUCGGGAUCUUCACGCUCUUCGGGGUGGCGCUGCUGCCCGAGUUCAGCACUCCAGAUGCCUCGAAAGAGGUGGGGGACUUUGGAGACCCCUUGAACUUCCAGAUGCUGACCUUGGGGGCAGAUCUCUCAGAGCUCCGGAACCGGGAGCUGAACAAUGGCAGGUUUGCCAUGUUUGCGACCUUGGGCAUCUUGGCAGCGGAGCUGGCAACGGGCAAGGACGCCGUGGAGCAGCUGGGGCUCGCAUAG